CGGAAAUUACGGCAGCUCCUUUUCCCGACGGAGUUAGAUAAAUAAACAAAAGCAAGACAUUACAUUGCACUUAUUUAGGAAUCUGAGAUCAUUUUGAUGUAUUUCUAUUUAUAGAUAUGUCUACCAGGACUAAUAUGUCACCGUGAAUACCCAAUAACGGAGGCUUAGAAGUGCUGGCAUCCUACUAGCUAAGUUUGCUGGCAGGCUACGUCGCUAGCUAAGUGUUUAGCUCGACAUGUUUAUUUUAGUGCUGGGACGAAGGAGCGCGACAUGAUGGCACGAAACUGUCGCAGUGUCAGCAAGUAGCUACACUUGGUUCACUUGAAGGUCUCCACGUCGCCACCACCAUGGCGUGGGCUCUGAAGUUGCCUCUCACGGAUGAAGUGAUCGAGUCUGGACUGGCCCAGGACUUUGAUGCCAGUCUGUCGGGCAUUGGCCAGGAGCUUGGUGCUGGGGCGUACAGCAUGAGUGAUGUACUUGCCCUCCCCAUCUUCAAGCAGGAGGAGUCCAACCUGCCUCCAGACACUGACAACAAGAUCCUUCCCUUCCAGUAUGUCCUGUGUGCAGCUACCUCGCCAGCCGUUAAACUGCAUGAUGAAACACUCACCUACCUCAACCAAGGGCAGUCCUAUGAAAUUAGAAUGCUUGACAAUCGGAAAAUUGGGGAACUUCCGGAAAUCACUGGUAAAAUGGUGAAGAGCAUUAUUCGCGUGGUGUUUCAUGACCGACGACUUCAGUACACAGAGCACCAGCAGCUGGAAGGCUGGCGCUGGAACAGGCCCGGGGAUCGCAUCCUCGACCUGGAUAUCCCCAUGUCAGUCGGCAUAAUCGACCCCAGGGCUAACCCUACUCAGCUUAACACUGUGGAGUUCCUUUGGGACCCAUCAAAAAGAACCUCAGUUUUUAUCCAGGUUCACUGCAUCAGCACAGAAUUCACCAUGCGCAAGCACGGAGGAGAAAAGGGUGUGCCUUUCCGCAUCCAGAUCGACACGUUCAAAGAGAAUGAGAGUGGAGAGUACACAGAACACCUCCACUCUGCCUCCUGCCAGGUUAAAGUCUUCAAGCCUAAAGGUGCAGACAGAAAGCAGAAGACUGACAGGGAGAAGAUGGAGAAGAGGGCGCCGCAGGAAAAGGAAAAGUACCAGCCAUCCUAUGAAACCACAAUCCUGACAGAGUGCUCUCCUUGGCCUGAGGUCACAUACGUCAACAACUCCCCUUCUCCUGGCUUCAACAGCACACACAACAGCUUCCCAGUUGCGGAGGGAAACGGAUCACCAAACCACCAGCCAGAGCCUGUGGUUCAGGUAGCAGAUAAUUUGUUACCCACAGCAACGCCACAGGAUGCACAACAGUGGCUUCAUAGAAACCGCUUCUCACCCUUCUGUCGGCUCUUCACCAACUUCUCAGGGGCAGACCUGCUGAAGCUGACCAGGGAGGAUGUCAUUCAGAUCUGUGGGCCAGCUGAUGGUAUAAGACUCUUCAAUGCACUGAAGGGACGCGUGGUACGUCCAAGGCUGACCAUCUACGUUUGCCAGGAGUCUCAGCAGGCACGGGAACAGCAGCCGAAACAUGAAAACGGAGAUGCUGCUGCCAACACUUUCUUUAUAUAUCACGCCAUCUACUUGGAGGAGCUUACAGCUACUGAGCUGACAGAGAAGAUUGCUCAGCUCUUCAACAUCUCACCCCGACAGAUAAACCAGAUCUUUAAACAGGGUCCCACUGGCAUCCAUGUGCUCGUCAGUGAUGAGAUGAUUCAGAACUUCCAGGAUGAAGUGUGUUUUGUUUUGGACACAAUGAAAGAUGACACAAACGAUGGCUACCACAUCAUCUUGAAGUGAAUACCGGGAAGGAGAGUAGCGUAGCCUUUCUUUAGACCCGAUCCAGUCAGCCCCUCUAAAGCUUCAUGCUCCUCGCUGUUCUUGGAAUACGUGGCAACGCCCCAGAAAAACCUCUUGAGGCUGCUAGGAGAAACAUGCGACUGAAGCACCCGGCUCUCUCCUCACUAUACCUUAUUGUCUUACUUUUGAGGGAGUGACUCUGUUACCACAGUGAAGUAACAUUCUUCUGCUCGCCCUGCCAUUGCCUCCCUUAAAUGGUUGCAUUUUCCUCUGUCGCUUAUGUCUAAUGAAAGGGGUCAGUGGCACCACAGCUGCUAUCACUGUUUAUUUGUUUAUUGAGCAUCUGGUGUGCCAAAGCUCUGAGCUUCAGAAUCAAGAGUUUGUUGUCUCUUUAAAAAAAAAAAAAAAAAAAAAAAAAAAACAGGAACCCAAAAAGGAAAAAAAAAAAAAUUAAAGCUAAAAAGAGACAAUUAGACUGAUAGUAUGUGACUUUUCAGCAUGAUUUCUCAUGCUAGGUUGCCCUAUGGUAUCCACUUAUGCCAGUCUGCAGGAAACAUGGUAUAGCCAACACAAUUGCACAGUCAUGUCAAAUAACCACAAGAGGCAUCAAAGUCAAACAGGACAUUAAGGGAAACUUUUGGAAUCCAGCUGUUCUUCUGCGAUUCCUAUGAAAUCUAACGAUCUCAGUCUUUCACUCAUCUGUUCUGUUACGUUUGAGAAGAAAAACUUUUUUCCCAGGCUCCCAAACACUGUUAGGUCCUUUUAGUUAGUGUAGAGCGCAUACUGGCACUUGUGGUUGUUACUAAUGAGUCUUGAAAGAUGAUGAAACACUGUCCGUUAGUGAUCACACCAGCAAACUGUCUCCGGCCCAUGCGCUUCCUGUCCCUAAAAGCUUAUUUAGCACAUUUUUUUUUUUUUUGGCCAUUUUCUGACAUUAUUUUUAAAUAGAUCCUUGUUUUAAGAUGCUUUCAUGAUGAAUUGUGUAUUACAUUGGCAGUUUUUUUUAACUGUUCUUUUUUUAAAAAAAACUUACUUACAUCUCUUCAUCAUUGUUUUUGGAUGUUACCACUUCCAAAUACUAAUAACAUGUACUGGAUUGUUGGACACACCAGAGCUGCAUGUGAAAAGAUAUGGUUAGUUUAUGUUCAGUCCAUUGUACCGCUUACAUGAAAUUGAUAGCUUGACAUUUUAGAUAUCCAUCUUUGCCCCCAUCUCAUCAGCAUUAUUAAAAUACUUACCCAUG